CUCUGUGUUUCUGUCUUUAGAAAAAUUGGACUAUUCAGAAAGUCUUUCUCAACAACCUGCUAGAAUCUCUGCAAAUACUGUGUGUAGCUAUGUCUACUGCCAGCUGUCUGCUGUUCGAAGAUCAGUUUCGGUGCUCCAUCUGUCUGGAUGUGUUCACUGAUCCUGUCAGCACAUCAUGCGGACACAACUUCUGCAAAAACUGCAUCACUCAACACUGGAAUACUUAUGACCAUUACCAGUGUCCCUUGUGUAAAGAGACUUUUACAAAAAGACCUGAACUGCAUGUCAACACUUUGUUCUCUGAGAUGGUCGCUCAGUUCAGACAGUCAGCUCAACAGAAAGCCAGCAGCAGCAGCUCACAGCAACAAGCUGCCAAACCAGGAGAAGUUCCCUGUGACGUCUGCACUGGAACCAAACUGAAGGCCCUGAAGUCCUGUCUGGUGUGUCUGGUCUCCUACUGUGAGACUCACCUGGAGCCUCAUCUGACAGCUUCUGGCCUGAAAAGACAUCCGCUGAUCAACCCUGUGGAGAACCUGGAAGACAGGAUAUGCAAGAAGCACGAUAAACCUCUGGAGCUGUUCUGUAAGACCGACCAGACAUGUGUCUGUACACUCUGCCCUGUUUCAGACCACAGGAUGCAUGAUGUUGUUCCUCUGAGGGACGAAUACAAAAAAAAGAAGGCUGAGCUGGGGAAGACAGAGGCUGAAAUUCAGCAGAUGAUCCUUAAGAGACAACUGAAGAUUAAGGAGAUCAAACUUUCAGUUUACCUCAGUGAGAAAGAUGCAGACAGAGAGAUAGCAGAAGGUGUUCAGGUCUUCACUGCUUUGAAGGAGUCUGUUGAGAGAGGCCUGAAUGAGCUCAUCAAAACGAUAGAGGAGAAGCAGAGGAGGACACAGAAACAGGCUGAAGGCUUCAUCAAAGAGCUGGAACAGGAAAUCUCUGAGCUGAAGAAGAGAAGCACUGAGGUGAAGCAGCUCUCACACUCUGAAGACCACCUCCAUCUUCUCCAGUGUUUUCAGUCCCUGAAAGCUGCUCGACUCUCCAAGGACUGGACAGGGGUCACCGUCUGUCCACCUUUAUAUGAGGGGACUGUGGUGAGAGCUGUGUCUCAGCUGGAGGAGACACUCAGUGAACAGAUGAAGAGGCUGGUUGCUGAGCCUGAAAUGAAGAGGGUCCAGCAGUAUGCAGUGGAUGUGACUCUUGAUCCUGAAACAGCAAAUCCCUAUCUCAUCCUGUCUGAUGAUGGGAAACAAGUGAAACAUGUUGAUGUGAAGAAACAUCUCUCAGACAGCCCAAAGAGAUUUUCCCGUUAUAUUUGUGUCUUAGGAAAGCAGAGUUUCUCUUCAGGCAGAUCUUACUUUGAGGUUCAGGUUAAAGAAAAGACUGUUUGGGCUUUGGGAGUGGCCAGAGAGUCGGUCAACAGGAAGGGAGACGUCCCACUGACUCCCCAGGAUGGUUACUGGACUGUAUGGUUGAUCAAGGCAAAUGAGUACAUCGCUCUUGCUGGUCCUACAGUCCGUCUCUCUCUGAAGUCUCGUCCUCAGAAGGUGGGGGUGUUUGUGGAUUAUGAGGAGGGUCUGGUCUCCUUUUAUGACGUAGAUGCUGCAGCUCUUAUCUACUCCUUUACUGGCUGCUCCUUCACUGGGAAACUUUUCCCAUACUUUGGCCCCUGUGCUAAUAAUGGUGGUAAAAACUCUGCACCUCUGAUCAUCUUUCCUGUCAAUUAAACUGUCUGAUCAUUUUUUUAAGACCAGCAAGUCAUUGACUAGUGAAGCAUUGGCAACGAUACAUAUUGCUGUACUCACAGAAAGCUCUGUACAUAACUGUCACAAAUUAUCAAUGAUACCUCUUUCUGAGGCUGGUAAUGGAACUGCAGUCAGCAUCUUGUUGCUUGCACUCUGUAGCCGCAGGGUAUCACCUGGGCAUCAGCCAAACAUGACCACAAAGACUGACCAUGACUGACCAUCACCAUGUUGACUGAAUGCUGGGAAAAACAUUACAAUCAUAUUUAGAAUAACAUUACAAUCUGCUAUGUUCUUCUAUUUCAUUUGGACCAUUGGCUCCACGAUACUAUCUUGCCGUUUGCAAAUCAGCUAGUGCGAUGACGCAACCUAGAUGGCUAACCUUAAGAUACCGUUAGCUCUUUGGUCGCCCCAGCAUCGCUCUUGGCUAGUAGAAAGUGCUUCAUACAAUUACAUAAUUUAUUGGUGGGUAAAUCAGUAUCAUCUGUCAUACAAAAGUCAGUAUGUUGAAUCAUGUUAGCUGGGAAAAUAAUUCAGCAAGCUAGCUAACUGACGUAUCCACUCAGAUAGUAUUUUUGUAGCAAUACCAUUAGCAAGUGAGCCAGCAAAGGCAGCAAGCUAGCUGUAGCUAAGCUACACUGUUUUGAUCUGGUAUUGGUUGCUUCAUAAGAUCAGCUGAUAAAGUCUCUUGCAAAUGGCAAGAUAGCUAAUUUACAGCCGGAUCAGUCCUGGAGU